AUGAGUAGCGCCCACCUAGUCUCGACGUCAACCCCCAAUCUCCAUCACCAUCACGAUCCCCCAUCACCGCCCCCACCACCACCACCACAACAACAACAACAACAACAACAACAACAACAACAACAACAACAACAACAACAACAACAACAACAACAACAACAACAACACCGCCCGCCCUCGCCCGCCCCCUCCGCCGACCGCCUGGUCUCCUCGCCGGCCUCGGGCUACGCCAGCGCGAGCCCCCUCGGCGCCCCCUUCUACCCGCGCCCGUGCGACUACGGCGGCUACCAGCGCCUGAGCGCCCACAUGCCUCUCGACAUCCUGCCGCGCGCACAUUGGCUCAGCCGCGUGCGCUCAUGUCUGCGCCUGCUCAUCAUCGUCCUGAGCGGCGCCGUCGUCUCCAUGCUGAUGCACACCCUCCGCGUCUAUAGGGGGAACCGCUAUCUCGAGCUGCGCAAAGGCGAGAUCCCCAUGGUCUGGCCCGCCCACACUAACCUAGCCCCUACCAUCAUCCUCGUCGCCGUUGCCGGCGCAAACUUCCUGGCCUCGGUCGCCAUCCUCUCGCUGAGCUUCAAGCGCUCCUUUCGCCGCCCCAUUCGCUCCAGGGACCUGUACCGCAUCGUCGUCGGGAGCUUCGGCGUCGUCCUGUGGGCCGCUGCCCUGGUCGUCUUCCAUCUGCUCGACAAUGCAAGCAAAGCCAGCCUGGGCCGCUACUCGUGCACGAACCAGGGCCUCAUGACCAACGGGCGCUACCAGUACCGCGCAGUCUGCGAGGAGCAGAGCGUCGCCUUCUACACAGCAAUGGGCGCCGCCUCCGCCGAGCUCUUGACCCUCAUCACCCUCGCCGCCUCCACCAUCCGCUCGAUACGGGAAGAGCCACCGCUCCCUACCAUCCAGAUACACGAGAAGAAGAACUCGAAUCACCUCAGCACGGGCUGGAAACCCACACGGCCCAAAUCCUGGAUACAGUAG